CGUAACUGAUAAGUGAUAACAGACUCGCCAAUAGAACCCCGGCCCCCUCCUAGGCUCCUACUCCGCGUCUCCGCCGCCCACCCCCAUCCAGAUCGUCCAGCUAUAGCCCUCGAUCCGCCGAGAUGGAGCGCUGUGCUGCGGGCUUCGUCUUCCACGACGCGGACGUCUCGCCGCGGUCACGCUUGCCACCGACUACGGAGCAGGCAGCGGGAUCUGCCACUUCUUCACCCGGCAGCGCUACGCCGGCGACGGGAGCGAGUAGUCCGGGCGCCGCCGCCGCCGCCGCCGCCGCCGCAGGGGCGACGACGACCUACAACAAGAGGAGCCGCGUCGACGCCUUCGGCAGCACCGACGACUACGAGGAGAUGUGCUGCCUCGGCAAGGGCGCCUUCGGCGCUGUCGCCAAGGCGCGGCACCGCGUCACGGGCGAGACCGUCGCCAUCAAGCGCAUCACCGAGCCCGACGGCGGCGGUCCCGAGGAGCUGCUGCGUGAGGCGCGCCUCCACGAGGCGUGCGGGGGCCACCCGUUCAUCGUCGACGUCCACGGCCUCGUGCGCGAUCCGGCCACCACGGAGCUCCGCCUCGUCAUGGAGUGCGUCGGUGGGCCAAGCAUCGAGAAGUUCCUCCGUGCUCAGCGGCGCCGCGGCAGCCUGCCGCUCCCGGAGGCCACGGUGCGCACCAUCAUGUGGCAGCUGCUGACGGGCGCCGAGAAGAUGCACGAGGAACGCAUCAUCCACCGCGACAUCAAGCCCGACAACAUCCUCAUCAGCGACGAUGGCAAGGCCGUCAAGAUCUGUGACUUUGGGCUCGCCAUGUCCAUGUCCGAGGCGUCGACGACGUACGAGCCGGACGGCACGCUGUGGUACAUGGCGCCCGAGGUGCUGCUGGAGAAGCCCGACUGCGACGCGCUCGUCGAUUCCUGGUCGCUGGGAUGUGUCAUGGCUGAGCUCAUCAAUGGCCAGGUGCUAUUCGAGGAUGGCCGCGACGAGGAAGGACAGGCCCGCUCGAUCUUCGACGUGCUCGGCUACCCAGACGACAGUACUUGGCCGUGGUUCUCGUCCACGCCGUUCGCCACCGAACUGCUGCCGAUACUUGACGACGUGCAUCAUGACAACCACUUGCGCAAGAUGUUCCCCGAGGCAGUGCUGUCCCAGCAAGGUUUCGAGGUCCUCAAUGGCCUCCUCACGUGCAACCCCGACAAGCGGCUCUCGGCGGCCGCCGCGCUCAAACACCCAUGGUUUGCCAAGAUCGACGCGAUGGAGCUGCUGAGGAACGAAGAGGUGGAAUCGGCGUUGCCCAAGAAGCAGCUGCUUGUGUCUCCACUACUCCAGCGGUGUGUGUAACCCAUAGUUUUAAAUAUCCCGCUAUAGCUGCCGCUAUAGCCCGCUAUAGCCUUUUGAGGUAGAGUGCCGCUAUUUGUGUUCAUGUACAAUUUAGCCGCUAUAUUCUGCUAUAGCCCGAUUUAGCUCCGCUAUUAGCUGUUUUAGACAUGAACCGCUAAACGUCUUAGCCCGCUAUUUAAAACAUUGGUGUAACCUGAUGAUGAGUCCUUGGAUUUUUGGAUGUAAACUGUAAAGAUUCCAGAAUCUCCACUACUCCAGCUGCUUGUGUCUCUGAAUUUUGGUAGUCCAGAUUCCA